UUCGCCUACAACUGUACGGUCCAUGAGACAACUGGUUAUGCACCAUUUCUGCUGAUGUUUGGCAGAGUGCCAAGACUGCCGAUUGAUGUGAUCUUUGGCUCUGUUAUUGAGCACCAAGACAUCAUGGACUAUGAUCGAUAUGUCCAGACAUUGAGGAGGGACCUCAAAGAGGCCAUGGAUUUGGCGCAGGAGGUGGCACGCAAAAAUUUGAAGCGUCACACGGACCUCUACAACCGGAAGGUGCAAGGAGCCCUAGUAGUGAUUGGUGAUCAUGUUCUUUUGGCCAACAAAAAGGGACGUGGCAAAAGAAAACUUGCUGAUCACUGAGAGAGUGUUGUCUAUACAGUUUUUGACAAAAAUGAUGAGAGUCACACCUUUAAGCUGAUGGAUGAUUCCACAGGGCAAGUGAAGGUUGUGCACCGCAACCUGAUAAUGCCAGUGAACUUCCUCCCUCUCAGUGGUGCUUCAGUUCAGGAUGAUGGAGAUGAGCUUUCUGAGUCUGGCUCGCUGAUGGUUGGAUGCGACAGAGAAGCUGUCUGCAACUCAUCGGUGGGCACGGCUGAAUACAGAACGAGAGCUUGGGUGUCUGACUUACCGUCUGCAGUGUCCAGCGACUCGCUGAUGACAGAGGUUACUCAACCAGAAGGCAGCAUUGUAGAUCAAGAGCUUGCCUGUACCAGUGUUCCCCCUGUUGACACUGAGGGGACACUGAACAUUCUGACCUGCUUAUGUCUGUGGUCCCAGUAAAUGCCUCCUCUGUUUUGGAGUUGGCAGCCACUACUGACGGUGACCAAGACAAUGCAGCUGCUAUUGAGGGUCAUGUCUCAACCACAGUUGUUCUACCCAACGCAGAUCCGACUGAGGUUAGCAGGGUGGUGGGGGCCCGUGCUAGAUCGAGAGUGGGACGGUUACUUAAGCCUGUCUCCAGGUUGAUUGAAAUGAUGUACCAGAGACCUGUUAAAGUUUGAAUAUUGUUGGAUAACUGCAAGUUGAUUCUAUUGUUGUUGAAGUGGGACUUUGAUCUUUAGAAUUGAGACAGAUUAUUUGUUGUUGAUUUUUCUGUGUCAGAGUGGCGUGCAGUUAUGAUGUGAUGAAAUAUGUAACUGGCAUAUUUUGUUCUUUUUUGGAAGGGGUCUGGCCAACUUCUUCUUCUACUGAUUCUUUUGGGAAUAGUCCUCUGACUGAAUUUUCUUUGUGACUGUACGACCUGGUGUUGCUGAAUAGAUUUAUCACAUGUUGAUAGCUGUGUAUUAGCUAUUGGAUUUUUUUUCUUAUCUUGUUCCUUUUUUUGAGGAUUAUUGGGUUUUUGUCCUCUGUUUGUGUUAUGGUGAUUGUGGUGUACCUGUUUUUUUUAAGGGUGUUAUUUUGUUUGUGGUGUUUGUUUAUUUGAGUGUGCAAGUGGAAUUCAGCAGGGGGGAAUGUAACAGUGUUUAUGUGAUAUUAUUCCACUUGCCACAAAUGUCAGUGUAAUGGGGAAACAGCGCCCCCCUCUCCGUGUGGCUGGCUGCAGUAAUCGCUGCCAGUCUGCCGUAGCCAUACAAGAGGUGAGUUGUAUUGUUCCGCACACGAUAUAGCUAAGUAGUACAGACACAUAAAACAUGUUUGAUUAGCUGAUGGGCACCGAGUGUAAUAAGUGCUCAGUGGACACAUGUCCAACACCAGUUUUAUGUACUUUUCAUUUGUUUAUUAUUGUGUAAAACUGUAUGCUAAAGCGGAAUGUUAAUGGGAUGUUCUGCCGUAGUGUGCUGUGCGGAGUGGUGUGUGGCGAGCCUGUGCACUGAUAAAACACCGUUGUUUCCAUUCAGGAAAUAAAGUGGCAUCGAUCAGAGACUCCUUGUCUUCUUAAAAACACAACACAACGCAGAGUCGAGGAGUCUGUCUGGGCCGAACUGUUGCAGCGGGAUGAAGCAGAAACCGGUUACAUAAACACUGAGCUCCGCUGUAUUGUUUACUCAGUGUUGUGCAGUUACAGCUCAGGGCAGAAUUCAGAUCAUAACUCUGAUUAUUUUUUCUGUCCCCAGCUUAAAGCAGACGUUUGUCGUUGUUUCUGGACACAAACCUCAAGCAGGAGCGCCGACACAUCACACUGUGGUUUACAGGAGCAAACUGUUUGUUUUCAAAACAAAAGUUUGGAACCGUUUGAUUUCAAAAUAAAAGUUUGUUUGUUCCUGUCCAGCAGUCAUUUUCAUUAUUUUGUGUCUUCAUAAAGUGUUUCACUGUAACGGAGCUUCUGUUGUCGGGUUUGGCUGUUUUGGUUGCCGCGCUGUGAUGACGCCCCGGGUCAAAGCUGGUGCACGGAGCUGCAGCCUCGUCUGUCACUCACCUCCUGAAAUAGAAACCUGCAGCCCGACACCGCCCCGCUCUCUCUGUUUAUCUCUCGCUCUCCCUGCAGCCUGUCAGCAACACUCUCUCUCCCACAGGCGCUGUGGCUCGCCCCACACUGAGCUGCUGUUCACAUCAAACUCACCAGCUGCUCCAAAACUUUCUCUCAGCCACAUUUCUGAGUCUGAAAACUUUGAAAAUCUCUUUUAAUUGGGUUUAAACUCCUGGACCAGGACCACACCCUUCAGCUUUAACCCGGACCCGGACCAGGACCAGAACCAGGACUAGGCGUUCCUGAAGAAGUCCGAACCAAGUUUGAUCUUGAAUGUUUGACAGCAGGACAUGAUCCUGAUCCUGAUCCCGGUCCUGAUCCUGGUCCUGUCUGGAGUUUAACACUAAGCUAAUUUCAGAGACACAAUCAUGAGUGGCCACGAGGACACAACAAGAGGAGGAGGUGGGCGGGGCAUCUUCCUCAGCGCUCACCGCUGCCCUGAAGCCGAUGUGCUGCCUCAUCAAACUGCUGAGGCACAAAUCCUUCCACUUUGUUGUCUAGUUCCUGCAGAGAAGAGCUCUGAGUUCACCUGCACAGGUGAGGCAGAUUACCUGGACUUCUGCUCCACACAUCGCUCCGAGGCAGACGAGGAGGUGGAAGACGAGGGGAGUGUCAGCGACUGGUCGGAGGAAGAUCUCUCACUCCACUUCUCUCCCUCUGUCCUCAUCCAAUCAGAUGAUGAAACGUCUGAUCCAGAGAGUGGCUUUGAGUGUGUUGACAUCACCAUAGAGACACAGGUAAAAGGUCAGGAUGCAGAGGGGCUAAAGAUGGUGCCUAAACGGCAGAUUCACCUGAAGAAGAAGAAGGACGGCGAGGACAGCGCUGAACAGGUGAUACUGAAGGAUGUUCCUGCUGAGGGCAGAGGAAUUAACAACGAUGCGUCAGCUAAUGAGCUGCUGCGUCCCACUACUCGUUCACGGCCUGAACUAUUACUACGGCAACACAGUAUGCCCACCUCCUUUCACGCCACCUCAAAUACCAGCAGUGAUGUUGAGAGCUACGGGGUCUACAAGGGCCUGAUUGCAGGGGCUGGCCAAGGGCUCCUGACUGGAGGAAACUCACAGCGUCUUCAGAAGUCGUUUUCUCUGGAUGAAACCAAAACAAAGAUGGCAUCCUGCCUCAUUAAGAACGUGCUGUCGAAAAAGAUGCAGGUGGAACAGUACAACCUGAAGAAGAAUCUGGAGGUAUCACCUGUCCUGCCUCUGGAGCAUCAGACAGGAGGAGGCGGGGUCAGAGCUCCGGUUCACGUGGUGAGAGACGUGAGGAGUUUAGUUAAACACACAUACGGCCACUCAUUUGCCACAUCAGCUGCGUCACGAGACAACAAGUCAACAAGCUGCAAAACAGUUGGCCAGGAGGAUAGCCCUCCCCCCACUUACCAGCAGGCUGUGGGGGUCAAAGGUCACUUCUCCAAGGUUGCUGUGUCUUUCAGCCAAUCACAAGACAAGAAGCAGAGUAAAUCAUCCAGACAGCCGAUGACACAGCAGAGACGAGGAAGUGAGCCGAUUAUCAGCCGAGGUUUAGAGCACUUAGACCCACCCACUUUGAAGCCCAACCCAUCAGCGAGAGCUGUGACUCCACCUUCCCACCAGGGCACCCGGCCACUGCUCGGUGCUCAGGAACAGAGCUCCAUCCUGGGUGUGUCCUCUCCGUCUGCCCCUGGCUCCUCCCAGCACCUCCUGCAGAUCCCCUUACCCAGCAGCCUGCACCCUCACUUGGGGAAGGCUGGCUAUGUCCACACCCCUUUGAGCUACAUCCAGACCCAGCAGUCCACACCUGGUCCAAGCAUCCACCUGCCCUGUAGGUCCGAGGAGUUCCAGAACCAGCAAACGGGAAACUUCUCUGAACAAGUGGACCCGACCAAAACACAACGAGAGCGAGAGGGUCUGAGCGGGACAGCAACGCCUCCGAGCCAGAACCAACCAGAGCUUCAGCAGCAACACCUGCAUCCACAGCCGUUUCUGUGCAGCGUUCCCAGUCUCUUACCUGCACAGGUAUCUGGGGACUUCCUUGUCGAUGUGUUGGGCUCUGCUGCAGCACCUGGAGCCUUCGUCAGAGUUCCCGCCCCAUGUCAACUGAUGUUAGACCCUAAAAGUGCGCGGUUCUUCUAUGCUGACACGUGCCUGCAGCAUCAGAGGAAGAUGCUCCUGGAUCCAGAAACUGGACAGUUCUUCCAGGUGUUCUUACCUCUAGCUGGCUCCGCCUCCAGUGCUGCCAUGUUCCCAGUGGCCUGUGCUAACCCCGCCCCCACUGUGAUCCAGGUGGGCGCCACUAACCCCAUGUUGCUCUCAGUGAUGCCGUUCCAGCGAGCAGUGGGCGUGUCCUCAUUUUACGGCCUUCCUGUCACUGUGAUGGCGUCAAACCAACAGCACAGCGAUGACAUCACACACACUUUGUCUGGUCAUCACUGAUCAUUGAUCAUUGCUUUGAUAUUGAUUUGUAUUUGUUUGCACUCUGUGAUAUCACGUUUGAGUUUUGUACUUUUCAUCACAAACACACAAUCAGCAAAAACAUUUAUUGAUUAUUGAUUGAAACAUUGUAAAAAGAAAAAACAUCAAAUUCACUCAAAGAAAACAAAACACACCAAUACUGGAGACAAACUGGGACUUGUACUAGGAACCAGUCAGUCCGACUGCUUAUGUUAAAAAAUACAAACUUAAUAUUGAUUGAUUCAUACUGAUUAAUACUGACCAGUAUUGGCUAAUAUUGAUCAACACAUUUUUAAAACCUAUGUGAUUUUCUCACUGCACUCUCUCUUGUUUUUAUGCAAUGGCACAAUUUUUUAUGGGACAGCCAAUGCUGAUGCUCACCUGUACUGUUCUGAAUCUGAUUUUAACCCAGCCCUCCAUCUUUGACCCUCUAAACACGAGUGAGAGCACGAGUGAAAGUGUACACUAACGAUAUGGAGUCAUGAUUAAAGUCAUGUAACUAAAGAUACUGCCAUCGGAAACCUGUUGAAGUCACGUGACUUCCUCAGGUGGACUUUAUUUGGAACAUACCUGUAUCUAAUUAACUUUAUUCUGAUUUUGUGAUCUGAUGUAUCUGAAAAGCGUUGCAGUCGGCCAUCAAUGUUGUUGCCAUGGUAAAAAAGGUGAAGUGCAGCUUAAACUGUAAUAAAAUCAACAGUUCCAUUUCCUUUUAGUUUGUUGGCCAUUAUUUGUGUAUGAAGCUAUGACAUCACAGUGAGGGACAGGUGAUUAGCUGGAGUGUGUGUGUGUCUGUUUGUGUGAAGCUUUCUCUGAUGUGAAUGGUUUCAUCAAUUCUCAGAACGCUUUUAUUUAGCUUUUAUUUUGAAAGACAGAACGGAAAUAGAUUCAGUCUCACAGAAGAACUGCUUUUAUUUUGAAGGUCUUUGUGAAUUGCAGCUUCCUUUAGCUCCAUCCCAUCAAUUAGCUGACUGCAAGUCAUUACACACCUAGAACAUCUGCAAAGUGUCAGGUUGAGCUCAUAAGGAGGAAAUUAAACUCAAGGAUUGGAGGACCACGCUGUGGGAGGGGCUUUAGGUAUGGGAACAGGAAGUGAUGUCAAAAACUUCUGGUCAUAUUGAUUAAUGGAACUCUAAACACACUGAGGUAGAGUCAUCUGAUAAUCAAUCA